ACUCCAGUUCUGAAAGUGGUAGAAAAGUUACGUUGCAUCUUGGCAGGAGACUGAUUAUAGUUAAUUCAGCAGUCUGUGUUGUCUCAGAUCUUGAAGCAAAUGGUACGUGAACAAUACACCACCACAACACAAGGCACCAGCCUAGAGAGGCCGGAGAACCAAUAUGUCUACAACAUUGGUAUUUAUGGCUGGAGAAAGCGUUGCCUCUACCUGUUUGUCCUCCUCCUGCUUAUCGUCCUAGUUGUGAAUUUUGCUUUGACAAUUUGGAUUCUUAAAGUGAUGUGGUUUUCUCCAACUGGGAUGGGACAUUUACAUGUUACAAAAGAAGGACUUCGACUGGAAGGAGAGUCAGAAUUCUUAUUCCCUUUGUAUGCCAAAGAAAUUCACUCUAGAGAGGACUCAUCACUACUUCUACAGUCUACUCAUAAUGUGACUGUGAAUGCACGCAAUUCAGAUGGUGAAGUCACAGGCAGAUUAAAUGUGGGUCCUAAAAUGGUAGAAGUCCAUGGUCAGCAAUUUCAGAUCAACUCCGUAGAUGGCAAGCCACUUUUUACAGUGGAUGAAAAUGAAGUUGUAGUUGGUACAGAUAAACUUCGAAUCACAGGGCCAGAAGGGGCCAUUUUUGAACACUCUGUGGAGACACCACUUGUCAGAGCAGAGGCUUUUAAACCGCUUAGAUUGGAAUCACCAACUCGGUCUUUGAGUAUGGAUGCACCAAAAGGGAUUAAUAUUAAAGCACAAGCUGGCAAUAUUGAAGCUCUCUCUCAGAUGGAUAUCAAAUUGCAUAGCAGUGAAGGAGUGCUUCUACUUGAUGCUGAAACUGUGCGGCUGCCCAAAUUGCCUGAAGGGACAAGGGGUGGAUCUGAUAGAUCUCAGGAACUCUAUGAGAUCUGUGUUUGUCCAGAUGGAAAGCUUUACUUGUCAGCAGCUGGUCGGUAUUCAACUUGCCAGGAAUACAGUCAUGUCUGUCAAUAAAGCACCUACCUAUGCCAUAUUUUCUCUGGCUAUUCUCACUGAAUUUUAUAUUGUUUUGUAGCAGAGUUUCCAAGAUUUUAAAAACCAUCGCCAUAAUCUGGGAAACACAUUUGCAUCCAGAAUUCUAGAUUGUAAGGAAAAAAAGCAAAAGAGCACAAUUAAAAUUUUACCUUCAACAGACAUGUUUGAGCUAAACUAAAUGUUCUGGAAAUGACAUUUGGAAGUCAGCCAUAUAGUGAACUAAAAAAAAUCAAAAGGAUUUAUUUGCAACAUUGAACUGUUACUCAGUAUGUUGAUCAUGUAAUAGUUAAUAUUUCCUAGCUCUACGAUUUUCUCUUAAUACAUGUAAACAUUUGCUAGUAGUACAAAUUGCAUUAGUGUGUGAAAUUCAGUUUAAGGAAUUACUUGAACUAUUUGAUAAGACAAAAGCAUUGUUUGGUGAAUUCACGUAGUGCCAGCAAACAGUCUAUGCAAUUUUGUUCUUGCAAUAACACAAACGAUGAAGGCGCUGCUUUUUGUAUGAGUCCUGUGCAAAAUGUGUUAAACUGAUAAAUCCUUUGUUUCUAGAUUGGCAAAGCAUAUGUAGAUUUGCUUGUUAUUGGGAUGCAUGAAAGAAAUCACAAUAAUUAAAGUGAAAUCUUCAAGA